AUGGAUUUCAGGACCACCUGUGAAGAGACAAAGACAGGGAUUUGUUUGCUGCAGGAUGGUAACCAGGAGCCUUUCAAAGUGCGACUGCACUUAGCCAAAGAUAUUUUGAUGAUCCAGGAGCAGGAUGUGAUCUGUGUGUCUGGAAAGAACAGUAACAAUUAGAAGACAAACUGUAGGAGGAUUUGGAUUAAGUAUAAAGGGUGGAGCAGAACAUAAUAUUCCAGUGGUCGUUUCUAAGAUUUCCAAAGAACAAAGAGCGGAACUUUCAGGUUUGCUCUUUAUAGGAGAUGCAAUUCUACAGAUUAAUGGAAUUAAUGUGAGAAAAUGCAGGCAUGAAGAAGUGUUUGUUCGGUGGAGGAGGAAGAGGAAAGGAGAAUGGACUCUAUAUAUUUUUCAAUAGUAUCCAGUGUUGGACUGUUCCAGCCAGAUACAUGGAGGUUUCCAGAUGGCCCACCCCAUACUUCUCAACCACUAGUAUGGUUCAGGUCCUUCGCAACGCAGGGGAAGAAGUGACCCUAACUGUGUCCUUUCUGAAAAGAGCACCUGCUUUUCUCAAACUGCCACUGAAUGAAGAUUGUGCAUGUGCCCCCAGUGACCAAAGCAGUGGCACAUCCUCUCCCCUAUGUGACAGUGGUUUGCAUCUCAACUACCAUCCCAACAACACGGAUACAUUAUCAUGUUCCUCAUGGCCAGCAUCCCCAGGACUUAGGUGGGAAAAAAGGUGGUGUGAUCUCCGAUUAAUUCCACUUCUUCAUUCACGGUUUUCCCAGUACCUUCCAGGAUCAGAUUUGUGCAGGCAAAAUGCGUUCCAAGUAAUUGCUGUGGAUGGGGUUUGCAGUGGAAUAAUUCAGUGUCUCUCUGCUGAAGACUGUAUCGACUGGCUACAAGCAAUAGCAAGUAACAUUUCCAACCUCACAAAGCACAAUAUUAAAAAAAUCAACAGGAAUUUUCCCGUAAACCAGCAGAUAGUCUACAUGGGCUGGACAGAAGAACGGGAACAAGACUCCCUUCAAGAUCGAAUGUACACACCAAAGUUUCUAGCACUGAGGGGAUCUUCACUGUAUAAAUUUAUAGCACCUCCAGUCACAACCUGGGAUUGGACACGAGCUGAGAAAACAUUUUCAGUUUAUGAGAUAAUGUGCAAAAUUCUCAAGGACAGUGAUCUGCUGGACCGGCGGAAACAUUGCUUCAGUGUCCAGUCUGAAUCUGGAGAAGAUCUUUACUUUUCUGUGGAACUAGAGUCUGACCUAACGCUAUGGGAAAAAGCCUUCCAAACGGCAACUUUUUUAGAAGUUGAACGGAUACAGUGCAAGACGUAUGCCUGUGUUUUGGAGAGUCAUCUUAUGGGACUUACCAUCGACUUUAGCAUGGGCUUUGUCUGUUUUGAUGCUGCCACAAAGGCUGUACUUUGGAGGUACAAGUUUUCCCAGCUGAAAGGUUCUUCAGAUGAUGGGAAGAGCAAAAUCAAAUUUUUGUUCCAGAACCAAGAUACUAAACAAAUUGAAGCAAAGGAGCUGGAGUUUUCCAACCUGUUUGCUGUCCUUCACUGUAUCCACUCAUUCUUUGCAGCCAAAGUGGCUUGUUUGGACCCUUUGUAUGUAGGCAGUCAAGCCACAACUUCUGCUGCUCCCACAACUUCUGGUACUGGCAAAUUAAAGUAUACUACUUGACAUCCCACAUUACGGCACUGCCACUUGACAACAAGACAUAACGAUGUAUAAAUAUUCAUAAGAUGUACACCUUUGGUGAACCAUGUACAUGGAAACCAAUCCUGGAGGCAAGACAUCUUGCAGCAUCAGCAGAUAAAUGGUCACAUGGGAUCAUAAAUUCAUCUCUGUUCUGCAAGACAUCAGUAAAUAAACCUAGUCAAAACCCCAGAAUAGGAUGGAUAUGCUUUUAGUAUGAUCUAUUUGUACUUACAUAGUGCUCUAAGCAACACUGGAAGCAAAGGAAUAAAUGACAAAAUGAAGCACUUCAGUAUUUAAUAAAAUUUUCAAGUUGCUGUAAUAAUACACAAAUAGAAUUGUCAUUUUCCUGUUUUCAGAUGUUUUUUAUGACAAUAUACUAAACUCUGAGUAUGAAUUUAAUACCCUCUCAUUAUAUUAUAAAUGACAUAAGAGCAAGCAACAAGCAUAUAAUGGUGACAAGGAGAUAAGCAUGAAAAGGCAUUUGUGUAAGUAUCUCCUCAAAUAAGAAAGCACUUUAAGCACUGUUGUAAAUCCAUAUUGUGUCCAUACAUGGCGUCAUGCUUCUUUUUCUAUUUUUUUUUCUUUCAGUCUAACAACAACAAAUAUAUAGCCAUAUUAAACUGAUACAUUAAAAAAGAGCCACAAAAGCAAAACACCUUUCCAUGACUAAGUCCCUUUUCUUUGAGUAAAAAGAAUCUGAUAUGAAUUUAAUUUUACUUACAAAUUAAGUGCAAGUGUGUAAAUUAUCACAUCUGCUAUUUACUUCCUUCCUUUUUUUGUCAAAAAUUAAAUUCUGUAAAUCUAAUAGUCUUUAUUCGCAAGACAGCUGUUGAAUUUGUUUAAGAGACAAUCCACUUAAUACCUUGUUUCCGUGUUUAACCUAGAUUUCACAUUAUAAGUAGGAACUCUGUUCCACUCAGGCUCUCAACAAAACAGACAUUCUACAUUAUGUUUGAAAAAUGAAUCCACCCUUUGAAUUCUUAAUAAUUUCUUUUUCAUAUAUAUUGUUAGUAAAAGACAGGAAUAAAUUAAAUAACCUGUAAAGAAUAGAUGACAGAAUGCAUAAUGUCUUUGUAUGUUAAAAAUAUUACAUCACUCUGGACCACAUACUAGUUCCAGAGUACCAUUUAAUGAUGAAAUCUGAGGGAGUUGUAAAUUUAAAAUAAGUUUAUUUAAAUAUCAUUUUGCAAAAUAAUUUAGCUUUGUGCUAUUACGUACAUGAAUGAAGAUGGGAAAAUGGUGGGAGCAUGUGUGUGUUAUAGCUGAAAAAACAGAAGAAGAGAGGGGUUUUUUUGUUAGAAUAAGAGAACCUAAAAAACUGCAGGAAGAACAGAUAGUGCAGCUACAGUGUGUGCAUAACAUUUUAAAUAGUACUUUGUGGGGUUUCUGUUUAUUAUAUUAGAAUCAAAACUUCAUUUUUUUCUCUUUUUUCCAAUUACACUUUUUAUAUAAGCACAUAGCACGAAAGGGUUAUGGACACUAUCUGCCUUGUUUAGCAGAAAGACUAAUUUUGUCAUAUCCUUGUCUACAUAUUAAAGUAAUGAAAACUUUAAAAAACUGAGCUGGAGGAAAGCUUUUUAAAAUGGGAACAAUUGAAAAUGCAAGGCAGGUACAAAAGACGAAUGAACUCCCAGAGAAAAUCAUGUCUCUGUUUAUUUGCUUUGCAUUAGAAGUAUCUGGAUUUAUGUGUAUGAGAGUAUCCUUGCCUUGAAGUAUGGCUGAUCGCACUUGAUACUAGUUCCAAAUAAUCUGAAAAUAUAUUUUCUGGGGACUCUUAUCACUUUCAAAUGACUUUCAAUACGUGCUUACUUCUUAUUAGUACACCUCAAAGGGUUACACAUUUAUCUUCCAUGCUAAAUAGAAUGGAAUUAUGUUGUAAUACAGCUAUUAAAUGCUUUCAGUGUCAUCAAAAUCCACCAUUUUCAUAGUCGCCAUCAUGUGUUUGUUUAUAUGAAUCAUCCCUAAAUAAAGGGGUCACAUCCUGUUCUCUGAACGACACAUAAAACUGUCAUGGCUGUCCAUGGGAUCUGGAGUUUGUUCCCGAGAGAGUACAAACCCCAAGAUAUUUUGAAUCCAAAGCUACAGCAAUCUAAGGGGUUUAGCAAUGCCAACUGUCCUUGUCGAGAAAGCAUACGCUGGAAACAAAUUUUGACAGAACACUGACAAUGCUGAAAACAGGAGCCUGAGAUCUGUUAAUGAGGGUUCUCCUCCUCCGUGAAACUGCUCCUGAAUCACCUCCUUUCUUCUCCUGUGUGGCUGUGGCACUCAGCUCUUACGGUGCUGGUGUGUGCGAGCACCUCAGUGACUGCUCUGCCGCUAAUAGCAGCCCCUAAAACUCCCCAGCUGCCAGUUGAAUGGUUUUCCUUCAACCAUUCAUCCUUUGUUGCAGAGUUGCACCACUGAAACUGAGAGUUGUUUCAGGGAUGUGGUUUAAUCUGCCUAAAUGAACAUAACAUUUACCCAAACCAGCAGAAAGUAUGUCACUGCACAUUGCUGUUGAUUAAGGGACUCCAUGGUAUGAAAGCCUCCCAAAAAAACUUGUGCAGAACUGAGGUAAUGACAUGAACUUUUGGGACUCCGCCAGGGUAUCCUAGAGAUCUCUGUCACAUAUUCUGAUUGUAGAACUGCUGUGUUCAUCAAGGAGACUUUUGUAACUGGACGUUAAAUGCUUAACAUUUAAGAGACAAACAUUGGCCUGUAAGUUUUUCUAACCCCCUGUAUUUCAGAGCUAAACUGGUGGGGCUUAAUCAAUACUUUUAUUUUCAAGAAGAUCAAAGUGAUGUUGUGAGAAUAUAAAAUGCCAUAGCCUUGACUGCAGGUCAGCGUUGGUUCGUAAAUGCAGCAGAUGUUUGUGCACUGAUCUCACAGAACAUUCAGAGGUGACUCUGUGUCCAGGCUUGCCCGUUUAGAGCAAGCUGGUCAGAAAUUCAGUCUUGAACCAAAGAGGGAAAAAUUUAAACUCUGUGUUGCAAUUAAUCCUGAAAUAGCAAAAUAUAAUUUAGAAAAUUAUUAGAUAGCUAUAUUUUUCAUUUAGAUACCUACAGGAGAUUCCUGUGUUUAAAGCAUAAUGAACUUCAUAGGCAUGUGUCAAACCCCAGGCUUUAUGUUGCAACUUCUCAUUUCACAUGUGACAAAUAAUGAGUUAAAGUAUUUUGUAAGUCAAUGCAGCCCAGUGAUAAUGAAAGAAGAAAAUUAUAAUGAGCUGUCAGCUUUUGCUAAAAAUCGGUAUGCAAGUGAAAGCAAAUAUUUUAACAAAAAAGAAAACCAAGCAACCCAUAGCAUAAAAUAUAAUUUGUUCACUUUGUUAUGAUAUUCUUAAAUAAGUUUAAUAAAAAAAAAUCUUUAUAGUACUGUGCCUAUUGAAGUGGUGUUAUAUAGUAUACCAAAAAUAUGUAGUCUUAAGUAUAAUUAAAUACAUUUGGGUUGAUUUGCUUUGCUUCAUAUGGAAAUUUUAGAUGAUCUGACCUUCACAGAACAAACCAUAUGCUAGGUUGUAGUGUUACCAUAAUUUUAUUAUGAAAGUGUUACAGAUUUGAAUACUUGCUAUUCUGGAUAUCAUCAGUGAAUGAAACUUCCUACAUCUGUUUAAAAAUACAAUUCCAGAUUUUCAAAAGAGCUUUGCAUUCCCGCAGCAUGAAUGCACCUUUGAAAUAAAAAUCAGGAUAUUUUUAAAUGUUGGCCAUUUUAUUUUGUUAAUUAAGUGCAGGAAGAAGUUUGUGGAGACAAACUAGUUGUAAGUGGGUUAUUUUUGAAAACCAGUGAUUUGAAAUUUUGGCCAUUCAAAAUAGAAUUCAUAAGACUAUAAAAAAAAUAAUAUACAGUAUCAAUAUGCUUUGAGAUAAUAAUAAUGAAAAAUAAUCUUUUCCACAUUAGAUCUUGAUUCCACAAAAAUAUAUUUAUGUACUUUGUGCGCUUAGACUUUAUCAAAACACCAAAGUGGGUAGUUAAACACUGGAACAGGUAGGUAGGCCUAUUAUUUUAAACGUGAUUUGGUUUUUCAAUGCCUUAAGGUGUUUCUUACCUAAAACAAAAUACUAAAAAGUCUGAAGAUCUUAUGAAUGUACAGUUGCUGCCCUUAGAAUUCAGCAGCUUUGCUACAUAUCAUCGUCUAGUACCCUGGAAUAUUCCCUAUGCCAAAAAGAAAGAUUCACUUCCUUACAGGGUCUGGUCUCUGAAGAAGUGUAGUAACUAGGAAAAAAAAAAAAAAAAAGUUUAAGCUGUUUUUAAAAUAUUAAACUUUGAGCAAUCAUGAGUUCAAACUUUGGGCUUGCACCUCUGACCAGUGCUGCAUGAUGGCAAACAUGGGAGACACUCACUCAACCUUCCUAAAUUUAAGUUCCUGCCUUAGAUGCCUAAGGUAGGGUGUCAGAUGGGAAAGAUGCCUAAGGUAGGGUGUCAGAUGGGAAAUACAAGGUGGGAAGGUAGUUAGGGCCUCUGGCAGGUGCAUGAAUGUGCAUGUGUCUCUCUUUCUAAGGAGGUAGAAGUGAAUAUACAUUAGGGUUUUCAUUUGAAAGGGAAUGUGCUUCUGAAGCGCCACUCACUGUGCUAUUCUUCAUAUCUCAGAUCUAUAUUUAAGUGCAUGAACUGGGUUUUUUAGGGUGAAACUAGGUGAGCAUCACACCUAUAUAAAUUCUAGGUCCUGAUGGGCUUUCAGACCAUGCAGCCCAGCUGAAGUGAGUCCAAAGAAACAAACCCUCUAAGAUGCUAACACAGCUGCCAGUUCCUGGUGCCAGCUGUUCCUGUCUCUGCAGCAGCUGCUGCUUGUGCACCAUGGGUUCUUGAAGGACCCUAGAAAGCUGAGCUUCACAGGACAGCCCUCCAGAGCUUAGUGCCUGAAGGGGGAUGCUGCAUUGUGGUAAGGGGCUGAAUGGAAGGCUCAUGGGUGCCCAGGGCAGGUUAUUCUGCAUCACCUUUUUCCCUCGCCACACAGGGAUAGUACUGGCCACAAGCUGGCUACCCUGUACUGGUCAGCUCUCUCCCUGCUGUGUCUUUCUCCCCAUCUACCACAGAUAGUCACCUGAAUAUUUGCUCUGAGGUCCCCAGGCGUAUGUCCCUGUCCCCUCACCCUCUAUGCUCAGACAGAAGGCAAAGGUGUACUCUCAGCUACAUAAUGGAGCCUCUAAACCUCUUCUACAGUCAGAGGACAUUAUUAAGGAUUAUGGCAAGGGCAUCCAUGUAUCAGUAAGAGUGCUUGAGUGCAUGAUUAACAUUCAGGUUAAAACAAAUAAAGUCAUAUCUGAGCUUGAGUGCUUUCCUGACAUGGAGGGUUCUUAAGUGCAAUUUUAGUAUUUUCCUGGAGUAAGGUCUGUAAAUGUCAACACAUUUCUACUUGCUUGACUCCAUUUUCAGGUUUUCAGGAAGUUUCGCAGAGAUAGUGGUUCAUACGCUGUUGGAAUCAUAGAGAAAAGCAUGGGAAUACAGGAAUAAAAAGAAAUUUCUGUUUGAAUUCUGUACAUUAUUACCGUACAUUACAUAAUUUAUUAAAAUACAUUGAACAAUGUAAACCUAAAUGCUUUCAUUUAUAUAACUUAGUCAGUUUUCACUAUGGUAUACAUGCCUUCUACUUUCAACAACUUUCUCCGCAAGAAUCCCAACUGUAUAUUAUAGAAAUUCUUUUAUUAUUCAGUAUAUACUAAUAUAUAAUGCAUAGUGUGUGUGUGUGUGUGUGCGUGUAUAUAUAUUAGUAUAUACUAAUGGAAGAUAUUCAAUAUAUAUUAAUGAAAGUGACAUAUUAGGCACAACUAUAAAACAGAGCAUAAAUCCAUGAAGCUUUACAUUUAAAAACUUAAUCUUAUAAUAUUAUAAAGAAAAAUAUGUAUAUUAGUUGAAGAAAUCGCUAUUUUUGCAGGAUAUGCACAAUCUGGAUAUACAAUAAUAAAUUGAUAAACAUUAACCGAUUUACUAUUUCAUACCUCCAGGAACUUUGAUUUUUUUAAUUAUUCUUAUCCCUUUAGCAUAUUUGCAAUAUGUGUCAUAAGUUUUAAUUUGUUAUGGAUAAAAAUGACUGAAAAAAUGUAAUAGAAAGUGCUAUAUAUUUUAUAAAUAUUAAAAAUUUAAGAAAAAUAUUCAAGUUAUUUAUUUUAUUUUUAGUUAUGGUUUUGUGGUUGUUUGUAAUAUGUAUUUGUGACAAACAUUAGUCACCUAGUUGUUUAAGCUCAUUAAUGUACCACUAAUAAAAUGCUAUCUUCUGUUUUGUUUUUGUUAUGUUUUUGUUUUGUUUCUUUUUGUAAUGGAACAUAACAGAAAAAAAUAGAAAAUAAAUACUUUUUUAACUAACCUCUUGCAUUCAGUCA